GAGUUCGUUGCAGAUUUGGCCAUUUGUCCUAGGUCUACACCUAAGAACCGCCGCUGCUAUUUGCUCAUCCAAGUCAAAGGCAGUGAGCUUCCAGCAAGCCAGUGGCUGAAAGCAGUCAAGCACUGCGUCAAGAAAAAGCGAAACGAAUACCACAACACCGUAGUAGUUGGGCUAACAAAGAGGAAGAGAAGCGCGCUGUACUUCACGGUGAACAAGCACUACAGAUGGG